UGUGGGGCCUAUCAAUUACAUUACAAAUCCAAACAAAUGUGAAUUCAACACACUCUUUUUGAAGAAUUCUUGACAGAGAUCCCCUGCAUCCCAUCCACCCUAUUCUCUUCUUUCUUUCUUUCUCUCUCUAUAUAUAACAAAAUGAACUGCCUGUCUUUACCCUCUCAAAAUCAAUCAACAAUGGAGCUCUAAUUAAGUCUAAGCCAAAGCUACACAUCUCUCUUCUCUCUUACCCAUAUCACUACACAGUCCUUUUCUCAUACUGGAAACCAAAUCUUGCCAAUGCUUAGACUCUCCAUACUAUUACUCUUUACCUUUCUCUUUUUAGCCGCCAAUGCCGCCACCGCCACUGCCCCCGUCCCUGGGGCUGCAGCUGCCCCUACCAUUACUACUAUGACUCAACAAUUCAAAGAAGCUCCACAAUUCUAUAACUCCCUGGAUUGUGGUUCGGUAGAUCAAGAUGAUCCUGAUUCAGAAUCUGAUGGUGAUAGCCUCAUCUUUUGCUCCGAUCAAGGAGUCCACGUCGCAAUGACUUUAGAUACAGCUUACAUCCGCGGCUCCAUGGCAGCAAUUCUCUCUGUUCUACAACACUCUUCUUGUCCACAGAAUAUUGCUUUCCAUUUCGUCGCCUCCGCCUCCGCCAACGCGUCGCUUCUACGCUCCACCAUCUCUUCCUCCUUCCCUUACCUCAAAUUCCAAGUCUACACUUUUGAUGACUCGUCGGUGUCUAGACUUAUAUCCACUUCCAUCCGUUCUGCUUUAGAUUGUCCUUUGAAUUACGCUCGCAGUUACUUAGCGAAUAUUCUCCCUUUAUGCGUUCGCCGAGUCGUCUAUCUGGACUCGGACCUGGUUCUAGUAGAUGACAUUGCCAAACUCGCCGCUACUCCACUAGGCGAAAAGUCAGUACUAGCAGCUCCCGAAUACUGCAAUGCCAAUUUCACUUCAUAUUUCACACCGACGUUUUGGUCUAAUCCGUCUCUAUCGCUCACAUUUGCGGAUAGAAAGGCUUGUUAUUUUAAUACCGGAGUUAUGGUGAUCGAUCUGGAUAGAUGGAGAGCUGGAGACUACACGACGAAGAUUGAAGAGUGGAUGGAGUUACAAAAGAGAAUGAGGAUAUACGAGCUCGGUUCGUUACCACCGUUUUUACUGGUAUUUGCAGGAGAUAUUGUACCAGUUGAUCACCGGUGGAACCAGCACGGACUCGGAGGAGAUAAUUUUAGAGGUCUAUGUAGAGAUUUACAUCCAGGUCCAGUUAGUCUUUUGCAUUGGAGUGGUAAAGGGAAGCCAUGGGCUCGACUGGAUGCGAACCGGCCUUGUCCGCUGGAUGCUCUUUGGGCUCCAUACGAUCUCUUGCAGACUCCAUUUGCGCUGGAUUCUUGAAGACAAAUCAACACAUAUACCUAUUUUCAGUGACAGAGAGAAGGAGACGAAACUAAAUACAGAAACAUAUUUAGGUAUGUAUUUUGUUGUAGAUUAUAUAUAUAUAUAUAUAUUAUACAGGUUUCUAUGAACAAGAGUUAAACUUUUCAUUUAUGAUGGAAUCGUAUAUACUCAUUUUCAAUUCGUGAAAUAGUUAGAAAUAAACCGAAGAAAAUGGAUUCAAGAACUCCCAGUUGCAUCUCUUAUUUAUUGGUUAAUUGUAUCAAAUUUGCUAUAACCAAAGAGAUGUUAGUUUUGGUUUAUGUGAUGAAUCCUUGUAUUUUGUUUAAUAAUAAUAAUAAAACAAUACUCUUUUGCUUCUAUA